AUGCCUCGCUUCUUCAGACGCAUCUUUAGUGAGAUUUCCUUCAGGAGAGAACAAGACGUUAGCGAUGUUCAGCGAUCGCGCCGCGUGUUAAGGAGGAACCCCGCGGGGGAUCUGGAUGAACAGCAUACGCCAUGGAGGUCUUCAUUUUUCGAUGCGCAUAUUCAGGGAGAAGAGCAUAGGGCGCUCAGAGAUGGGACGAGUGUUGCCGAUAGCGAUGCUCAGGGCGCCGAACAACCGAUUCUUGCGAACCAGGAGUUUCUUCCAGUGCGCAAGACAAGUCGCACGAGGAGGAAGUUGAGCAAGAGGCAUAGGAGACCUGCAUGA